AGAAGAAUAAUGAAAUUUGAACAGGUUGAAAGUACGAACGUUGAAACGAAAGCGGUUCAAAAUGAUGAUUUCCUGAAAGUUGAAUUGAAAGAUGAAACCGUAGAAGCUAAACGCUUGAAGUGUUUAGUACGCGUUGAAGAUAAAUAUGUGUGUCAAUUUUGUGGCAGAACAUUCGCAAACAAAAGACAGAUGUUAGGCCAUUUACCUCAGCACAGACCUUACGAAUGUGACGUGUGUCAGAAAAGGUUUCUCAGGGGCAGCCAUUUAAGACAACACACGAAAAUACACACCGGUGAGAAACCUUUCGAAUGCGACAUAUGUCACUGGAGAUUGUCAACGGUGUUUAAUUUGAAGAGACAUUUAUUGAAACAUACAGGCGAGAAACCUUAUCAGUGCAACGUGUGCGGGAUCAGGUUGUGUAAAACUAGCGAUUUGAACCGACACAUGAGGACGCAUACCGGCGAAUUGCCGUACGAAUGCAACGUUUGUCAUCGUAGAUUUAAUCGGAAGGGUAAUAUGAAAACACAUCUUAAACAACAUACAGGCGAGAAACCUUACCAGUGCAAUAUAUGCGGAGCUAGAUUCUGUCAAAGUGUGUCGUUGCAAAUACAUCUGAGAAAACACACUGGCGAGAAACCAUUUGAAUGUAACGUGUGCAAUCGAAAAUUCAGUCAAAAAGCCAAUUUGACUACUCAUUUGAAGAAACAUACAGGAGAGAAGCCAUACGAAUGUAAUAUAUGUCAGCGGAGGUUCAAUCAGAAAGGUAAUUUGUAUACGCAUCAAAAAAAGCACACGAAAAAGUCCGAUUCUGAGAAAGUUUCAGAAAAGAAAGAUGCUGAAUCAAUUGCGAACACGUCCGAUCAAAUCAAAAGUUAAAGAAUAAUUAACACUGACUCAAUAAAGGAGAAUGCUCUCAUGAAUAUGUUAGAUUGCUAUGUUAGAUAAUGAAAGUCCUACUCGUAAGAAUUUCGAGAAAUUCUCUUAGCUUCCUUAAGGAGCAGGCCUGCCAAAUUUAGCUUCAUUGUUCAGCGUUCAUUGAUGAUUGAUUGAUUUUAAAAUGUACAGAUGACUCUUUUUAAGCUAUAAACGUUAGGCAAAAGAACUAAACAAACAGAUAACUACAGGUACAGAAUACGGGUUAGGUAUCCCUGCAAAGGUCAGAUGGCAGUGGCUUCGUGUAAAAACCCGACCCGCCCAAUCCAGGGUCCAUGGUCAAAGGUCCAUGUAUGUGUGAUGUAACCAGGCCAAUAGUCAGAAGAAAGGAAACACAGAUAUAUAAACCAUUUUACGAGGGUGAAUCCAAAAGUUCGUGGCCUCACCUAGUAAAUAAAUGUCGUAUAUACAGUUAGGUGCAGAACUGAGUCAAUGUAUCGCUAUUGUUUAAAAAUAUUAAAUAUAAUCCUUAUUUAAUAAAUAAUAACCGAAAAUUUUAUGUUAUUAUUUGAAUUUAUAUCCUUGUGU